GGUUUUCCCCGCAGACGUAAGGAUUUAGGAGCCGCGCGCGACGUCGGGGAGGUAAUGCUGGCGCGUGUUGUGGUGUUGGAGUCUGUGCUGGGGCGAUGCGCUCGCAUGCAGCGGGAGGAGAGGGUCGCCAGGCACAGGCCGAGGCCGUAGUGACCGAGCGAGUGGCGGUACGCAAUCAUGUUUGUUUGUUUGUUCGGGAAGUCCUUAUAUGCACAGUCGCGACGCGUCUUGUCCUUCUCCAUUUCCUUCCUCCUCGUUCCUUCAUCUUCGUCCCCGUCGUCGCCGUCCUUCUCCCCGUCCCCUGCAGUGUCCAUCCAUCUAGAUAGGCGUCAUGUGUGGAAUCUUCGCAUACUGCAACUUUUUGAAGGAGAAGAAGCGUCAGGAAGUACUCGAGAUUCUGUGCCAGGGCCUGGCGCGCCAGGAAUAUCGCGGUUAUGACUCGGCUGGUCUGGGCAUCGACGGCGACAAGCCCGGCGAGGUCGUCUUCUUCAAGCACGUAGGCAAGGUCGCCGGCCUGCGCCAGAAGAUCGCUGCCUCCGACAUUGAUGUCAACAAGACGUUCGACUCCCAGGUCUCGAUCGCGCACACUCGCUGGGCGACGCACGGCGUUCCGUCGGAGGUCAACUGCCAUCCCCUCAAGUCCGAUCCUACGGCCGAGUUCUGCAUCGUCCACAACGGCAUCGUUACCAACUACAAUGAAAUCCGCAUGGUCCUCUCCAAGCGCGGAUACAAGUUCGAGAGCGACACCGAUACCGAGGCGGUCGCCAUCCUCACGAAAUACGUCUACGACUCCCAGCCCGACAAGCGCAUUACCUUUACUGAGCUCGUCAAGACGGUCCUGAAGGAGCUUGAGGGUUCCUUCGCGUUCGUCUUCAAGUCCAAGCACUACCCGAACGAGAUCGUUACCGCGCGUCGAGGUUCGCCCCUGCUCGUCGGUGUCAAGACCGAUCGCAAGCUCAAGGUCGACUUCGUCGAUGUCGAGUUCGCGGGUCAGGACAGCAAGGACACCCGCAUGGAGGGCCUCCACCCGAACUCCCCUGCUGGUCUCCUCGCCCCUCCCUCUGCCAACCCCAAGGUUCUCCGCACCCAGUCUCGCGCGUUCAUGUCCGAUGACGGUCUCCCCCAACCUAUCGAGUUCUUCGUCGCAUCCGACGCCGCUGCCAUCGUCGAGCACACCAAGCGUGUCCUCUACCUUGAGGACGACGACAUUGCGCACAUCGCUGAUGGCGAGCUUCACAUCCACCGCCUCCGCCGCAAGGAGGAGGGCGGCGAGCCGACCCCGGCGACGCGCAGCAUCGAGACCCUCGAGAUCGAGAUUGCCGCCAUCAUGAAGGGCAAGUUCAACCACUUCAUGCAGAAGGAGAUCUACGAGCAGCCUGAGUCUGUCGUCAACACCAUGCGUGGUCGCGUCAACUUCGACUCGAACAACAUCACGCUCGGUGGCCUGCGCGCGUACCUCCCCAUCAUGCGCCGCUGCCGUCGCAUGGUGUUCAUCGCCUGCGGUACCUCCUACCACUCCUGCAUUGCGACACGCCAAAUCUUCGAGGAGUUGACCGAGAUCCCAAUCAGUGUCGAGCUCGCGUCCGACUUCUUGGAUCGCAAGACGCCCAUCUUCCGUGACGACACCUGCGUGUUCCUCUCCCAGUCCGGCGAGACUGCCGACACCAUCCUCGCCUUGCGGUACUGCUUGGAGCGCGGAGCCCUUUGCAUCGGUGUCGUCAACACCGUCGGUUCCACCAUCUCUCGCGAAACCCACUGUGGUGUUCACAUCAACGCUGGUCCCGAAAUUGGUGUUGCUUCCACGAAGGCAUACACCUCGCAGUACAUUGCGCUCAUCAUGAUGGCUAUUCAACUGUCGGAGGACCGCUUGUCGCUUACGGAGCGCCGCAACCAGAUCAUCGAGGGCCUGCACGCGUUGCCUGCGCAGAUCAAGCAGGUGCUCGGGCAGGACAGCGAGCUCCAGCAGCUCGCGUCAACCGUCUCUGGCAACAAGUCGCUCUUGCUCAUGGGUCGUGGUUAUCAGUACGCCACCUGCCUGGAGGGCGCGCUCAAAAUCAAGGAGAUCUCCUACAUGCACUCCGAGGGCAUCCUCGCCGGCGAGCUCAAGCACGGCCCGCUCGCGCUCAUCGACGAGAACAUGCCGGUUAUCAUCAUCAUGACGCAGGACUCGCUCUACCCGAAGGUGAUGAACGCGUUCCAGCAGAUUACCGCGCGCAAGGCGCAGCCGAUCGUCAUCUGCAACGAGGGCGACCAGGACAUCCCGAAGGCGGCGAAGACCGUGCGCGUGCCGAAGACGGUGGACUGUCUGCAGGGCCUGCUGAACAUCAUCCCGCUGCAGCUGCUGUCGUACCACCUCGCGGUGCAGGCUGGGUACGAUGUUGAUUUCCCGAGGAACUUGGCCAAGUCGGUGACGACCGAGUAAACGCGCAUACCUUCUCGAGUGGAGUUUGUUUGCCGCGUCUCCCGACCAGCACCCACGAUGGUCUCGGGCCACUCUGCGAUGGUUUCGGACCGUCCUGCCUUCUCUUUCCCUCUCAUACGGACUGAACAAUUAGUGUAAUGCAUAGUGACCCAAGGACGGACGAUGGAGACGGAUACGAUACAUUUUCCUGUCGCCCGUCUACUAGCUUUGACGACUGUAACAUGAAUACGAUUGCAUAUCGUUAGCCAACCAAAUGUUAGAAUGUAUGGACUUCAGUCCUUUCAAGCACCUUCGCGAUGGAUUGCACGUUGCAUGGGC